GCACCGUAGUGAGUCGCCGCGUGCACCCUAAUUGCACGGCCGCGGCGACCCGAGUUGACCUCUGCGCGCGCGCUGGCAUGGCGUCCAUUGUGAUAAUUGCUCCCAGAUGCACGUCGGGCGCGGCACUAUGUAUCCUGGACGCACACCGAUGCUCCGCCCUCCUUCCCUACCACGACAGUCUCUCGACCAGUUCUCGACUCAUCGCGAGGAAAAAACCGCUCCCCUACCUAAACUAACUCGCCAAACGCAGUCUGCGCCUGCUGACCAGCAUCAGCAGCAGCCAGCACCUCCCCCCGUACAUUCCCCUGUCGCUUUCGCCUCCCCUUCUGCUCAAUUCACUUUGCCCAGCCCGGUACCGUACCGGUAUAUCGUACACGUACGCUCUCUCGCCACCGGCACACCCACCAAGCUGCCCUACAGCAGCACCCUUACUCGCCAAACCUGCUUGCUGCCCCUGCCCGUACACUCAUACAUCCGCCGCUGCCUCACGGUACAGUCGUGAGCACAGCACCGCACCGCACCGCAUCGCACCGCACCGCCCGUGCCCUUCGCAUCGCACCUUUGGCAGCCCGCCUCGCAACGCCCUUUGCUUGCUCAUCUAACGCAACAGCUAUAGGCGCAGCUCCUGCUGUUUAGGUGA